AUGACUCAAACACUAAUUGAAAAAUACGAAAUCAAUGCCGAUAUGGGCGAGGGCUUUGGCCGGUGGAAGUUGGGUCCCGACGAAGAGCUGAUGAAGCACAUCGACGCCGCAAACAUCGCUUGUGGCUUCCAUGCAGGCGAUCCUUCCAUCAUGCUGAAGACCGUCCGUCUGUGUAAACAGUACGGUGUCAAGGCCGGUGCACAUCCCGGACAGCAGGACUUGUUCGGCUUUGGCAGAAGAAAAAUCGAGGUCGAUCCGAAGGACAUGUACGCCAUGAUCUUGUACCAGGUCGGUGCCUUAAAAUCCAUGUUAGACGCUGAAGGGCUUGAGCUUUCUCAUAUCAAGCCGCAUGGCGAACUGUUCUUUUACAUGCUCCGAGACGAGCAAAUCAUGAGGGCGGUGCUGGAAGCGUGCGCAACAUUCAGGGUGCCCGUCUAUGGGGACCAGAAUGAUGCGGAAGAAGCCAUGUGCAACGAGUUGGGAAUUCCCUUUCAGGGCGAGAUCUAUGUGGACACCGACUACACGUCCGAAGGAAUUCUGUUGCCUGUCUCGGCAUCCAAGAUGGCAACACCCGAGCUUUGCUAUGAGCGCGCCAAGCGCGCCAUGUCUGCAGGCACAGGCAAGUCUAUCGAUGACAUCGUAUUCAACUUUGACUUCAAAGGGAAGCCGUUCACUAUCUGUAUUCACUCCGACAUGCCAACCGUGCUUUCGAAUGUGAUCGGAUUACGCAAGGCUGUCAAUGAAAGCAAUGAGACAAGGCGCAUUGGUCCUUCCAAAUAG